UUUGCUCUCAUGACCAAGCCAAACUAGUAGCUGGUGCUCAGAUAUGAACCCGAGACGAGCAAAAAGGACACACAAGAAAAAAAAGCCCCGGUAGCGGGUGAGUGAGUGAGUGAGAUGAGAUCCCGAACAAGACGCACAUGUGGAAGAGAUCUGCUGAAAGAAAUAAAGCAACAACGUCAAUGACCACAAAAGUUGAAGCUGCCUUUGCUGCUUCUUUUGAUGCUGAUGUCGAAGCUCGUGGUGCUCUCGUUGGUUGCCGUCCCUUUUCCCCGCAACAUCCUCACCGUCAUCGUCACUCUGGAACGAGUUCAUCGAGUCACCACGAAAGCCUUAAUGAAGUCACUUUCCUUCUCGAUCAACCAUCAUCUAUUCCAUCCUAUCCUCCUUCGGUUCCCUACACUCCUCAUAAACCUCUGAAUAUGCACACAUGCAAAUGAGUGAGUUCCACUUUUUGGGCAUGAUUCAAUAUUCCGAGAGUGUCUGCGUAUGUAAAUUCAAGGCAAUUAUUCUACUGAUAUGAUGUUGUCAUAUCCCGACAAGAUCCCAAUGUUUUCUUGGAGUGUGUUGUCUCGGCCAAACAUAAUAUACGGUUUCUCGUAUAUCUCCGUACACGGUACGUACACAAAGAAGCCCAUCGAAUGAGCGACGAACAAGCCAUAGAUGAAUGGGUGGAUAGAUGGAUGGAUGGAUGGAUGAACGGACGGACGGACAGAUGAGAGAAGGCCGGGAUCGAGUCUGACAUGGGGAAAAUAUUUCCGUGUCGAUUUGAUCCCGGCACAAGCUAGUCAGUGGUAACCCGUUGACAGAGCACAAGGACUCUGGAUUGGAACGCAACGAGAGAGAAAAGAUGCCAAAAGCAGCCAAAAAUGCUGGCAAUAGAAGUGGGUGACGACAACCACUGAAGGACUCGGAAGAUGGAACGACGAGGGACCAGAAGAAGUGCAGAAUAAGCCGAAUAACAGAGUUCCACACACAAUCUAGCGCUGGCUGUCGCUUCCAAAGGGCUCCCCCUCGUAAAGACGUACUCGAUCUCUUCUUCGGAGAAAACGGAGAAAUAUCUAUUCAUAGAGACAAGUCAGGCAUACGUCUUUGUCGCUGUUGUUGAAGAUGCCUUGGAAAUGGCCACUCCUCUAAGAGAUAUUUUGUUAGUCUAAUCAGCUGUGAUGGCACAGAAAUGCCAUUACUUUUGUACAUUCCUCAGGCAAUAUGAGAGAAUAACAAAUCUCCUUUAGUAUGGUCUUUUCGCUACAGUGAAGCGAAGUGACUGCGUACUACAUCCUUCUUCUUCUGUUUGAAGUUGUUAUGGUCUUUGGGGUCCAGGGAAUGGAAUCGGUAGCCGAAGACGUACAAGAGGAAAGCUCUGGUUUGGUUUAAAGUCCCACAAAAGAAGAAAGAAGACGGAAGAGGAGAAGGACCAAGAGAGAGGAGAAGAGAAGAGACGAGUCGAAGGUGGAAGUAAAAAGAGGCGGGAACGAGAUGAACGAAGGGAGAACGAGAGAAAGAAACCAAGAGAGAAAGGGAGAGAGGGUGUGUAGGGGUUCUGGGACAUCAAACAACCGUGAUCGUGGAACAGAAGUCGAAAGACCCACCAGAGCGACAUUCAGAACUGGGAGAGAGAAGAGAACGGUCUGGUCUUCAGCCAAAGAAGCCCAGCGAUUCCUCGAGCGAGUCCUCUUAGUCAUCUACCAACGGGUGGGUAUGUACGUAUGUACCACGAGUACGUAUACAAUCUGAAGAAGAGGAAAAGAGGAAGAAGAAGUCGAACCUCGCUGGCCUCUUUCUGGUCUUCGUCUUCAGACUCUAUUACUUGCUCCUUCUUUUAUCUUGAAUCGAUGCAAGUUUUUCUUCUCCCUUUCUUCGGGUGUCACAACCACAAACCAGGGACGAAGAAAUUAAAUAGUUUCCAUCCAAACUUCUAAAGGAAGGCCGCCUCAAGUUGAAGAACAAGCCGAAGUGAACGAGAACGAGGGCAAGGAGGUCCUCCGUCUAAUUCCAAAUGAAAUUUGUCGUGCUCCAAGAACAAUAAUCCAGUGCCUGUCGACCGAGAUGUAUUACCUUGAAAUCGCUCCAGCCCAAUGGCAUUGGAGUGGCAAAUCCAAAAUCGUACAUACUUGCAUAGUGAUAUGGGUUUUAAUCGGAGGUACGAAUACCGUUCGCCUUCUCCAAGACUCCGUGAUCCCUCCACACGCAUUGCGUGGACAAAAGGCCGUCCUAAGGUGUAAUUAUGACUUGGAAGGGGACAACUUGUAUUCCGUCAAAUGGUACUUCAAUCAGAAGGAAUUUUAUCGAUAUAUUCCAACUGACAAUCCUCCAGUUACUAUUUUCAAUCACCAUCCUGGGGUCAAUGUCAAUCCUCAAUUGUCGACAACAAAGGAGGUGGUGCUUGAUGAGAUUGACUUCUUGACAUCCGGCCAGUAUCGUUGUGAAAUAUCUGGGGAUGCUCCCAAGUUCCAAACAGCAUCUGCAGAGGGUCUAUUGUUCGUUGUCGAUCUGCCUGAUAAUGGACCCGAUAUUCUUGGCGGUCGACCUCGUUAUACUGUCGGUGAUCAUGUGAAUGUGACCUGUGCUUCCCGCAAUUCCCUCCCCGCUGCCAAAUUAUCUUGGUACAUUAAUGGUGAAAAGGCAGACUCUAACCACCUGAUUCCUUAUAUCCAUGAGACUAAUCAUGAAGGGUUACAGACCUCUAAGUUGGGACUGGGCUUUAAAGUGGAUCAUAAACAUUUUACCAGAGGUGAUCUGAAGCUGAAAUGCACAGCCACAAUAUCCACCGUCUAUUGGAAGUCGAAUGAAGAGUCUGUCCAAGGUGCCGGGUAUAAUGCAUUUUCCACGUCCAUGUCUCCAGCCCGAGGAAUGAGUUCAGGUGGAAAAGAACGGACCGACCUCAAUUUGAAAAUUAUGUUCCUGCUUGUGCAGUGUCUGUUCCUCCACAUGGGUUAAAUUACAAAUGCUGCAGCAUUAAGAGACCAACCCCAAGUAAGCAAGCUACUAACCAGCCAGCAUCAGAUACAACCUUGCCCUUCCCAUUCUCAUCCAAGUUGCCACUUGGACAACUGAGCCGUGCUUUCACACACUACCACUAGUAGAUUGCCACAAGAACCGAAGAAACAACCACCACAACUCGUUUUUGUAUCAACUUCGAAGACAUGUGGGCCACUCUUUAUAUCUUGGUCCAUCCUUUCAAUUGAUUUCUCACGCGUAGAAAUUUCCUGCGAAUUGGCACUCAUCGUGAAAAUUAUGCGUUGAGACCUUCGUGAACGCCCAAAUACCCAUCUGGUUGGAAUUGUAUUCCUUUUACGAUGAACAGGAAGAAGACAUGAUGAGCAUGAAGCCAUCAGGUGACCGACAAGUAGUCGGCUUGUCUGUUUGUUUGUCUCACUGUAUUCAUAUUGUCGAUGUUAGUGUCCUUGAUGGAUGUUCUUGUGUACUGCAGUGUUGUUCCCCACACAAUGUAUGUACUUACUAUAGAUGUCCAAUCAGGUGGAGGUUGGAGUAUUUACAAAACCAAGGAGAAAGACGAAGACGCAUCAUGACAGUAACAUUAACCAUGUAUUCUCUCACCAAUAGCAUAAUAGCUGUUGUGAGUCUUCCGUUGUGAAAUUGAAUAGCUAUAAGUGAUCUAUAUCAACAUAUUACUUGAAAAUAAAUCUUUGAUCCCUGUGCCAUACCAUGAA